UCUCGGAAAUCAGCCUGGAGUUCAAAGCACUUUCACUGCCUUUUAUGAGAUAGAGUGUGAUGUCAUAGAUGGGGGCAGGGCUAGUCAACUUUCAUCCCACCUACCCACCUGUGCUGAAGGCGCUACGGUUGCAAACGGAAGUGGGGACUCUUCCAUGCUGGACAGCGCCACCUCCCUCAUCCAAGCCGCUAAAAACCUGAUGAACGCCGUGGUGCUUACCGUCAAAGCCUCCUAUGUGGCUUCAACCAAAUAUCAGAAAGUCUACGGCACCGCCGCCGUCAACUCGCCGGUGGUCUCUUGGAAAAUGAAAGCUCCGGAAAAGAAACCGCUAGUCAAGAGGGAAAAGCCGGAGGAAUAUCAGACCAGGGUGCGAAGAGGCUCCCAAAAGAAACACAUUUCGCCCGUACAGGCUCUCAGCGAAUUCAAAGCGAUGGAUUCCUUCUAAGGCUUCACCACGAGGGGUUUUUUUUCUAUUGCCUUCCAUGUUUUUGUAUGCGUACUUGCCAACUUGUAUGUGUCUGGCAUAGGGAGGAGGGGGUGUUUGGGGCAAAACCAGGAUAAUAAAGCAGUGUCAAUUUGCAUGCGACCGAGACUCGAUUAAGCCAUCAUGCAAUAUUCCUUCCCCCCCCCCCAAAAAAAAA